UGGGAUAGGCGUUCCUCGGGCAUCAAUGGCGAAGCAUCAUCAAUAAAGGUUUUCAUGGAUUAGUACACUGGGUAGCCUUUCCAUGUUGAUUUUUCUUUUGUGCGUAUUAUUAGCUCCGGGUGGGAGAGCGAGCUACGCAUGUUCUAAUAGAUCAUCGCUCAAUUUGGUUGAGUCGGAAAUGAUUAUUACUCUGCCCCUGUGUCCCAACUCUUCCUUCCCCUUUCGCGUCUCUGGCUUGUGGAGUAGGGAGCUCGAUGCUCGUGUGCGUGUGCGUGUCUCGAUCGAACCUUGCCCGUUGUCUGAUAUAUCAGACUGGUGAAAGGCGUCGCCUGUGACCUACUUCAUACCGAACCUGUCACGUCUUUUGCCUUCGCCCUCCCAUCGCCGGAGCUCCGCGCGGACGAAUCGUCCUUGUCUCAG